AUGGACAAUAAGUUCUCGUCUCUGGGCAGACUGCCUCGGCCGGACCCCCUGAGCGCUGUAGCUGGGGCCUCCAAGGCUUCCAACCCCCUCACUGCAAAGGUGACAGCCAUUUUGUCCACUUCCUAUUCCGAUGUCGAGUUCCGCGAGGCUCUAUCCCUCCUUGACGAUCGAGGCAUCGAAAACAACGCGAAGACUAGACGUCAGAUCCGGCUAGACAUACACAAGGAAGUCAUCGACAGCAACGGAGCCAUCAUCGACGAGUUUGGGCAUGUCGCCGAGCAAUUGCGUCUCAUUAGAGCCAUUCUAGGGAGGCUGAAUGCAGGGUACGAUGCCAUGAAGAGUCAAGUCAUUUCCGCCCACACUGGGACUCUCCCGGUGCUCACAGAGGCCGCAUCGCUCCUCCAACAAAGAAGCCAAGUGGAGACAAAGCAAGAAGUCUCAAUUGCCUUCAGGGACCACUUCGUCAUGUCCGACGCCGAAGUUGCAGCCCUGACCUCGACUGCGGAGCCGGUGGACGACAGGUUCCUGCAAUAUCUUUCGAAGGCGAAAAGAAUCACUCAGGACUGCGAGAUACUUCUCGGCUUCGAAAAACAAACGCUUGGGUCCGACUUGAUGGAGCAGACGUCCAAAAACAUCGACUUUGGCUUCCAGAAGCUCUACAAAUGGGUCCAGCGAGAGUUCAAGUCGCUGAAUCUCGAGAAUCCACAAAUGAACUCGGCGAUUCGGCGCGCUCUACGUGUGUUGGCAGAGCGCCCGUCCCUGUUCCAGAACUGCCUCGACUACUUCGCCGAGGCACGGGAACGUAUCCUCUCGGACGCAUUCCACAUUGCACUGACUGGUAAUGGAUCAUCGGGUGAAGAGGAUGAUGCGUCGCUCAAACCCAUUGACCUCGUCGCACACGACCCCCUCCGCUAUGUGGGCGACAUGCUGGCAUGGAUCCAUUCGGCAGCUGUCAACGAGCGCGAGGCCCUGGAAGUUUUGUUCGUCGCAGAAGGCGAGGAACUCGCGAAAGGGAUGAAGUCGGGCCGCGAUGCCGAGAUCUGGCGCCUCGUGGCUGACGAGGCUGACAAAGGCGAAUUCAAUGCGCUCAAGGCGCUCAACGAUUUGGUUGACCGGGAUGUUGCGGGCGCGUCCCGCGUUCUCCGUCAGAGAGUAGAGCAGGUGAUACGCUCCAACGAGGAGACUAUUAUGGCCUACAAGCUGGCAACGCUCAUCGUUUUCUACCGCGUUACGUUUCGGAAACUCCUUGGACUCGGCUCCAAUCUGUUUGAAUGCGUCCAGAGUCUUGAGAAAGAGGCUUUGCGGCAGUUUCGGGCCCUAGUCAGAGACCACAUCGCUGCUCUGCAAGUUGAGUUUCAGCAACCGCCAUCAGAGCUUGGCCCGCCACGCUUCCUCAAUGACGCACUCACGCAGUUGGAGGCAAUAAUAAAGACUUUCGAGUCGUCCCUUGCCGCAUCUGAGGACCGCGAGGGCGAGUUCACAAACGUCCUUUCUGAAGCAUUCCAGCCUUUCAUGUCGGGAUGCGAAAACAUGGCAAUGGCAAUUGAGCUACCAAGCAAUGCAAUAUUCCUUAUUAACUGCAAGCUCGCGGCGGCCAAGAUACUCGGCAGUUUCGAUUUCACGGAUCGUGAGGCGGCGCGGAUUCGGGAAGGGAUAAGCAACGAAGCCGCGAAGCUUGUUACAUAUCAGCACGACUUUUUCUGCGACGGCUCGGGAUUUGGACCGUUGCUGGAAAGAGGCCAAGGCGUUUCGGACGAGGCCGAGAAGAGGUUGAGCAAGGAAAUGCUCGAACGGGCAAGUCGGCAGCUGGACGAGUUCCUACCAUCGGCGUUGAUGGACGCCAUGGAGAAUUUGAAACAUUUGCAGGACCUGGCGCUUACACGUGAGAUCACGGAAGCGGCCGCAAACCAGUUCUGCGAGGACUUCCAGACGCUUGAAAAGCUAAUUGAGGAAAUGGGCAAAGAAGGAGGAGAGAAUGAUGAGUCCGGAAUACGCUCUGUGUUCCCGAGGACAACGGCCGAGAUUCGGGUCUUGUUAUCCUAG